GUCCGCCUUAGCGAGGGCUGGGCUAAGAUGGCGGCGCCCGUCCUGCUGCGAGUCUCGGUGCCGCGCUGGGAGCGGGUGGCCCGCUACGUCGUGUGCCUGGCCGGAAUUGUUCUUUCGCUCUACGCCUGCCACCUGGAGCGUGAGAAGGGUCGCGACCUCCAAUACCGGGCGCUCUGCGACCUCAGCGAGCGUGUCCGGUGCUCUUCUGCCAUCGCCUCCAGAUGGGGCCGAGGAUUUGGCCUAUUAGGCUCCAUUUUUGGAAAGGACAGUGCAAUAAAUCAACCAAACAGUGUUUUCGGUCUUGUAUUCUAUAUACUGCAAAUGUUGCUUGGUAUGACAGCAAGUGCAGUAGCAGCGUUGGUCCUCAUGAUGUCCUCCAUAGUGUCAGUAAUAGGAUCUUUGUACCUGGCUUAUAUUCUGUACUUUGUGCUGAAGGAAUUCUGCGUUGUCUGUGUCAUCACAUACUUGCUGAACUUCGUUCUCUUGAUCAUCAACUACAAACGACUAGUAUACUUGAACGAGGCCUGGAAACGGCAACUCCCACCCAAACAGGAUUAACUCCUUUGCAAACUUUUGACUGAUGGUUUGAAGGCCCGGCUUCCAUUUAUGUUUAUUUCACAGUAAAAAGAAAAUCUUUUUAAUUAUUCAUAUCACAUGCUUUCCCCAGGAAUCAUAACUAAUUUAAUUAGAGUGAAUCAAAGGAAAGGGGCCCUGGGUAACUUCUCUGCUAAAUAGCUGUGGUGAGGAACUGUUUGAGAAAGUCUUAACCUGAUCAGAGACAAGCUUUAACUCUACUUUGAAGGAGUUCAGAGAGGCAAAUUCUUUACUCCUUCUUUACCCCUUCCCCAAAUAUUCCAAGUAGGUUAUACUUGCUAGGAAGUCUCCCAUCUCGGUGUAAAUUCCAUUGAGAUGUGGGAGUCUUAACUGGGAGAUCAUGAUUACAUUGUUCUAGACUUUAUAGGUACCAUAGGGAAAUGUUGCCAUGUUUACAUUAUGUGUAUUGAUAGCCAAGGGGAUUUGACCCACAUAGACACAACUAGGACACUUACUACAACUUGGUGCGUAGUGGUAGGAAGGGCUGGCUGUCUCUUGGCAAAGAAAGAAGUUCAGCACAGCUCAGCCAAGUGUUGACUAGAAGCAUAGCAACUUUGAAAAAUUGUCCAUUGGGACAUUUUUAAAAAAUGAAAUUGAAAUUAGUUCAUUUCCCUGGAGAAGAUGUGCAACAAAAGAUCUUUGCUGGGAUGUCUUUUCCCUGGCUAUGUCUAAAGAAAAUGGAAUUCAAUGGUAUUAAAAAAAAACUGAACUAAGUUGGGUUUCCAUGCAACAUUCAAACUGUUUUCUGUGAAUGGCAAAGAUCUUUCUUUGAGGAUGCUUAACAAGGGGAAUGGGGCAUUUUGAGUUGCCCAGACCUCAUCAGUAGGAAAUCUAUACAAAUGGAGUUCAAGGGGCAGAAUUGGCUGUACACUUCAAAGGGAUGUCAGACAGCCAAAUAAUGUUACUGAUUUGAUUAUGAUAUUUCUAGCUGCUGUAUAGAGUUACAACUUGACACUGGAUCCCAGUGACCCACUGGUAAAUGAGUGCACUGAAGAAUUAGGAUGCAGUCCCUUAGUGAGAUCUGUUGUACAUAAGUUCCACUGAAGUGAAGAGGGAUUGUAUAAAGAAAUGUCAAUGGAGGGCGCUUUAAUCCUCCUGAGCAAUUCCCCUUCAUUUAUUGAGGCUUGUAUAGGAAAUACAAAUUAUGAACAUAAAUAGAUUUAUACCUGUAGGGACAGAACAAUUCCAAAUUCCUACUUACAAAUUUGGCGUAAGGUUUAGGUAGAUGCACAUUGAUUCCCCCUACCCCAUGGGGAAAUUUACAGUUAGGGUAAAGGAAAUAGAUGGUAAACAAAAUUGGCCCAAGAUUCAGUCAUGGUUCCCCUUGAAAGAGUUGAAAUAAUUUCCCAUUCAUAUCAUAUUGUCCUAAAAUGCAGUGUUUUUUAAAAGUGCCUUCUGUCUUACAAACCAAAUAUUGGGGGUGUUUGAAAUUGCCAGGCAGAAGGGUUCUUACAUAUAUGUAAUAUUUUUGAUGAAUCAAACCUUUGCAGUAUGUAGAAAGCGAUCCCUUGGGGCUUCCCUUAUACCAAGGCACACUGGUACCAUAAACAGAUCCUUGUAGGACAUACCUGGAGUUUGGGGCUAGGUUUAGAGAGGGCAGGAUGCUGAAUCUCUGUCAACACGUCAUGGCUGAUUGGGACAACUGUGAGCUCUGCAAUCCAUGCUGGCUUCUGCUUUUCCUGCUGGAGUAUUUUAGAGAGACAGGCUAGUUGCCUUUUCUCAGAACACUUUCACACUGCACUACUCCUAAAAUUUUGUCCACUAUAUUUAGAUUUAGGGCCCAGUUCACCCAGGAGCCUCUCAGUGUGCCUUGGCAUGACAAGGAAGCCUUGGAGGAUUGUUGCGGUUUCUUAUAUGACAGCUGCUUUGGCCAAUGCUGGGUCAUAGCUGUUCCAAGCAAAUCAGAAGAGCUGCUCCUUAGCAAGGCUGCCGUGUUUCUUACUGCGGUGGCAAAACGAGGAACCUGUUGCAGCAGCCGGUUUAUCCUUGGAAUAGCAAAAAGGUACUAAAGGGUUCCGGAGUACAAGUGAGUUACAGCAUUGAUAGGAUCGAAAAGGAGUUCUCAGUAAGUGACUGAAGCGGCUGUUGAAAGCACACGGAUGCUGCAAUCUGCCGGAGGCUUGUGAUGCGAAGUCACUAGUUGGGCUCCCUGAGAUAUUCAUACAGUUCUUAUGCUCAAAUGAUGAACAGAAUUUGGAGUGCUUGUAUUAAGGGUAAAAAGCAGUUUUGAAAGCAGUUUUGGCAUUCUUUGUAGCAGAGAGAGUGGUGCACCCUUGGAUCCUAACAGGCUAGCUAAGGCGAUUGAGUCAGGCCAGAAUAUAUCCAGAAUACUGAAAGAAACAAAGGGUGUGUUGUUGCCAAAAAUAUGUGUCCUGUUGUUUUCUUACCAUCGGCUCUGAGCUUGCUUCCUCCUGCUUCAUGCCCAAGAAGAGCGAUCUUUUGAAAAGCUCCCUUUUAAAAAUCCAGUCUGUAUCUUAACCCUUUCCUCCUCGUGAGUCCGUAAGAGGUCAUCUUUUUUGUGUCAUUUCCUAAACAUCAGCAUUGAGGUAUGAAUGCGAUUCUCUUGCGUUUUGUAAAAGUGCAGCAUUUUUUUCCCAGUGGGAGCAGCAUCUGCUGAGGAUGGAUGUCUGACAGUAUUUAAAUGCCUGCCAAACGAACAGUCCAGUUGGUUUAUGUGCAGAACUGUGGUGGAGCACAAGACUAAUGGAGGGAGACAUGUGUUUAUGGUAUAUAUAUAUAUGUGUGUGUGUGUGUAUAUAUGUAUUAAAAAAAGAACACUACAUUCUGCUUGUUGUCCUUGUCAGAAAAAGAGUUUCUCAGAAAUACAUUUUGUAUUAACCAGAGUACAGUUAAAGCUUGUCUUGAAUUUUGAAAUUAGAGCUGAUGGCGGGGCGCAGGCGGUGUAAUUUAGAAAUUUUUGUUACAUUUGAUAUGUGGAGAAUAUUUCCAAGUUUAUACCCUCACUGAUAAAAUUUUAUUUUAAAACAUUAAUGUAACAUAAUGCGAGGCUUUAUUUUUUUACAUGUCUGCAAGUGAGAUGGGGCUUUUCUAUCUUUCUAAGCAGAUUUCCAUUAUCUAUACAUAAGUCUCAACUCUAGGGGACACAGGGAAGUUAUAGUUUUCUUCCUAGGACUCUCUUCCUUGGGGGUCACAUUGUUCCCCCUGCUGAAAAGUUACCUGUUCUGCUCCUUUCUCUUGAUCAACGCAUCAAAACCUUGAAUGUUGACUCUAUUUUUUUCUUGUUCAAGGACAGAGGUUUGAAGGUAUCAGUCACCUUGUGUACUUUUAAGCAAAGUCCUGACUUCUGUACCCCUCUCCCCCUUCUCCAAUUUCAGUAGUAUUCUGUGGUGUUAAACAGUCUAAGCAGCCAUCGUUUGUGUUGGAAGAGUCGCUCUCAAUCAGGUCCCUUCAGGCAUGUUGGGACCCCAACUCCCAGAAUUCCUAGGGAGCUGCAGCUGCAGCACUUUGGGGAAAGGGCCAGAUUGGAGAAGGUUGAGGUAGGGACAGCAGGGCACCCUUCUCUGUCCAAAUGGAAAAUUGGUCCUCCCAAGUACUGGGCUGUGAGCAGCAGGCCAAUAUUUCUAACGGAGUGGAGGCCUACCCUCCUUGCGUGUGGUGAUAUUUGCAGCAAGCGGGUGGUGGGCAAAUCUCCCUGCAAGUGUGGCUCUCUGCUGCCUUCCCUCUUCUUCCCUGAAGGUAAUUCAUUCUCUUUAAGGUGGCAAUAUUACAAGGCUGCUUGGCCGCACUCCCAAACCUGUUCUGAGCUAGGUGGACGAUGGAGGAUGCAGCAUUUCCCUGUUUUUCGCCAGUGCAACUUUUCCCUGCUUCGAUCCCAAUUCUUUCCUUUUAAUUUGGAAAGCCCAGGAGCCCCUGCUCUCUGGUUCUGUCUCAUCACCUAAGUUGCCUCUAAUUUUAUGCCAGUGUGGAAGAGGGAAACUUUUUUUCAGUGAUAAAAGCUCAGGUUUUUUACUAAUGUGCCAGGAGUUGUUUUCUUGAAGAUCCAUUUAAUUCUCCUCCCCAUCACCACCCUGAACCCACCACAUCUCUCCCACUUGUUGAUGGCUCAAGAGAAAGAAAGGGCUCUGACAGCUUUUUCCAAGAGAAAAAAGUUUCUGUGAGUCAGACCACUGCUUUUUCUUUUCUUGGGGAAUCUUACUCGUCCUUCCACACUUGGGAGUAUAUAUGGUUCUCAGUGCCUGUAAUGCAAUUUUGAAUGGAUGAAGGCUUUUUUGAGAUACCAGAAAAUGUAUCCAUGAAGCAGAUGGCUCCAUUGCAUCUUUUAUAUCUCCACUCCCAGGAAAGGUUUCUGUCACUUAAUUUUCAGGAGGAAUUAAGGAAAAGUAGGGAGAGAAAUCUAUAUACUUGGAAGAGGAAUAUUUCUACUAAGGCAACUCUUUAAGGGAAUUAUCACAGUGGGCUCUAGUCCAGAAUGAGAUGAAACUCUUUCAGAAAAUAAUUACUUUACUGCUCAAUUAGAUUUUUUGAUCCAAAACAAAAACACAAAAACUGAUAGAUUUUUUUGCAGGUUAGUAUCUCCUGAUCUGUAUGAACAAAAAUUGGUCAAAAUAGAUUAAACAUUUGCUUGGAUUCUUUCAAUACUGAUUAAACCUAGUAAAACUAGUCUGAAGAAGAUGAAGUAUUCCGUUUCCAUUUUUUAAAAAAUGUAUUAAGCAUGGCCUAAAUAUUCAAUGUGUGUUCUGUCUCGUAUGUUUGAUCUGACAAAUUUUUGAUGUGCUUCAAACUCCAGAACAUCUCCAUCUCAAUUGGAGUCAUUCCAUUUUUAUUUUUAUUUUUUUGGUUCAACAUAGGACUGUGACAUUCUGAAAUCGAAAUUCAAUUUUGCUAACAGGGGAAUUAAAACCAUGUAAAUAUUGUAAGAAUGUUUAUUUGUUGCACAUAACUUUUUUGGUAUAAAAAUAAAUGUAGAAAUUA